GGGGCGCUGCGGGCCGCUUGCUCCCAUGCUUACGCGGACAACUUCCGCCCCUGCUGUCGUUGGUCGCCUGUGCUGUGAGCCGUGUUUCACAGACCGGUAGUUAGCUUCUGCUCAGCUGAUCUAAAACAGGAUGGAAGAGGAGGCAGACACCGGUGUAUCUUCACGGGCGGAGAGGAAAGCGUUGGAAAAGGCCAAAAUACUCCAACGAGAAAGCGAGAGGAAGAUGUUCAGACUGGUUGGACGGGUCCUGAAGAAACCGGAGGCUGAGCGGUCGGAGGAGGAGGCCGCUGUGUUACUGCUGCACAGAGAAACUGUGGAGGAGCUCUGCAAGAGACAAGUCCGCAGAACUGUCCUCAAGAGGAAGCAGGAGGAGGUGUUUGAUGAUGCAGAUGAGCUGAAAAGUAAAGUCAGGCAGCUCGCUGUGGCAGUCAAACAAGCAAAACACCUGGUGGUUUACACCGGGGCCGGUAUCAGUACGGCAGCUUCUAUCCCAGACUACAGGGGCCCUAAUGGGGUGUGGACACAGCUACAGAAGGGACGGACAGUCAGUUCGUCUGACCUGAGUAAAGCUGAACCGACCCUCACGCACAUGUGCAUUAAGAUGCUACACAAGGAAAAGCUGGUAAAGCAUGUUGUUUCUCAGAACUGUGAUGGACUUCACUUGCGUAGCGAUCUACCCAGACAUGCCCUGUCUGAGCUUCAUGGAAACAUGUUCAUUGAGGUGUGUACGUCCUGUUCCCCGGUCAGGGAGUAUGUGCGUUUGUUUGACGUGACGGAGCGGACCUCGCUGCACAGACACGGCACAGGCCGCAGGUGCAACCACUGUGGCAGCGAACUCAGGGACACCAUAGUGCACUUCGGGGAACGUGGGACUCUGGAGCAACCUCUCAACUGGAAAGGAGCUGCAGAGGCUGCCAGCAUGGCGGAUGUUAUCCUCUGUUUGGGCUCCAGUCUGAAGGUGCUGAAGAAAUAUGCUUGUCUGUGGUGCAUGAACAGAGCAGCAAACAAAAGACCCAAACUCUACAUUGUCAACCUCCAGUGGACACCAAAAGAUGAUCUGGCUGUGCUGAAAAUGAAUGGCAAGUGUGAUGAUGUCAUGAGCCUCCUAAUGGAGGAGCUGAACAUUCAAAUUCCUUUGUACAACAGGGCAGAGGACCCCAUCUUCAGUCUCGCCACACCUCUGCGGCCAGAAGAGGUCCACAGCUGUACUCGUGAGGUCAUAGCUCCCCCUAAUGAGCAGGAGGAUGGUUCACCUGUUCCUGGGGAGCAGGCAGAAGAAGCCCCGGCUGUACAGGGCGGCUGGUUUGGACGAGGCUAUGGCAAAGGAAGGAAGAAGAAAAAAGCUGCAUAAUGAAGGGAACUUUAUGGACACUUAUGGUCUGGUGAAGUGAUGACUUCCUUGGUGAGGAUGAGUGUGGCUGUCAGCUUUAGACUGCUGCACUGCAUUGGUAUGAUUUAGUCAGAUGCAGUUGUGUGUGUGUGUGUUUGAGUGUUUGCCAUUUGAAAAUGGCACUUUGCACCAUGAAGAUACUUUAUACAGUUGUUAGGAACAGCAAGAUGUAAAAAUGGCUCUGGUUAUGCUACUUUUAUGGCAGCUAAGCUUGCUGUGCCCAGUAUGGCUAGCAGAGCCAACAUAAAAUUAUUUUGGCUAUUUUUAUAAUCUCUCUCUCACACACACCCUCAUAGGCUUCAAAAAGCAGUGGGAAAUCAGUUUCCUUGUUGACACACAAAAUGUCCUCAGCUUUAAUCAGUCACUACUGUCUUUUUGACUAGUUUGUGACAUGUUUUGGUGAAAAGGCUUUAUAAAGCCCAAAGACUGUUUUGAAACCGCUCCUGCAGCAUUAUCAGUGUCUCUGAUUGCCUCUGUAUGCUUAAACACUCAACAGCAUACAUCCUACAGGAGCUGAAUGAUCCUCUGAAGAUAUGAUGUUUAGUGUACUGUCACUUUAAAUUUAAGCGAAAUGUGUAUUUCUACCUAGUUGGUUAUUGGUGCAAUACGUGACUAAAUGGAAAUACUGAAAUACUGGUGUUACUGUAUAUGUGCUCAUUGAAAGUGAUACCUUUCGGUGGAGCACUAGUGACUUUAUUUUUAAGUGGCAAAUGCCAGGAGAACAUCAGCAGUAUAUCAUUGGCUAAUUUUCGUUUUGUGUGCUGCCACAACUUUCACUGAGAAGAGAUUUAAAAGAUUCAGGCGCUCAGACAUUUUUACAUGUAUUUUUGUAUUCUUUUUCAGACAUUUAAAACUUACAUUGUUGAAUGUACUUUUUUAACCUUAUAGCCUGUUUGUGUUGGUAUUUUGGUUUACUUAAAUUAUUUCCUGAACUCCCAGUCAACCUUCACUCUGCUGUCACUUAUCCUCAGGGUACACCUUGGUUUACUGAAGUUGUUGAAUUUGCUUAUGUUUACAUUUUAUCUCAUUUUUUCUGUAGACAAUGCAGAGACUGCUACUGUCACUACAUUGUCUACAGCAGUUAAGAAGAAAGGUGAUUUUUGAUUUUUGAUUUUCAUUAGUUUGUGUCAUGUUACUGUGCCUCUUUACUUGAGUGGUUGGAAACAUCCAAAUGCCUGUCUCUAUUCAUUUGUCUCAGGAACAUCCAGUAUUAUGAAUGAUCUUGUCUUGUACCACAGUGUCAGAAGUUCUAAAAUGCCAGACUAGCCAUUAUAAGCUAAUGUUCAGCAUUCCUAAAACUCAAACCAGUUGUGAAACUAGAUAUGAAGACUCCUUGGUUUUCAUUGUAUUUUGCAAAAAAGUGUGACAUUUGUGAGACAAUAAAUUGUUCCUCAUUUUAA